AUGGAUGGGACGCGUAUGCUGCUCGUUGACGUACCGCGAAAAUAUCGCUCAUCAAUGUUGCUGUCUUAUGGCGAAGGUCUUGUGAUACAUGGCAGCAAACUUGUGGCAAGAGCGAUCGAUCAUUCGUGGUUGCCAAUUCUGUCUGUGCUCAAUGCUGUGAACUCAAACAGGACUGAUUCUUCAAUUUCUCCUGGCUUCUGA